GGGCUCUCGAGGUCACAGCGACCUCAGCACCGUCUUGGAGGAAGGCGGCGCGAUUUCCGCGCCGCCUUCCCGGCAGCAGGAGCCAGACCUCAAACAAUACGCCAAUCGAUGCCUGUAUGAGACCCGUUCCGGCCACCCGCUCCGCCUCGCCAAGGUCUCUCCGGUCUACCCCUAGCUGAAGCCGGCGCGCAGUCAGCAGCGUUAGCACUCGGGACAGCGCACCCGAGCCCGCCGGGGCUGUUUGCGGGCUAGCGGCUAGCGCUCCCCGGGGGCUCCCCUGCACGCCUCCCACCCACACGCUCUGACUCCAGCUCGUGAGCGCUGUCUGCCUCGCAUCCUCCCUCUCCCAUUUUUUCUCUCCGCCGCCCCCUCAUCCAUCCGGAUUGGACUCCUUCUCCUUCAAAAGCAGUUCGGGUGCUCGGCGCUUUCCCAUACCCCUGCUCCGCGGACCCUUCGGUCUCCUUCCCUAUUUAACCUCAGCCUUCCGAGAGAGUUGCCACGUCUCUAAGCCCUAACCCCAACACACACACGCAUUCACACGCAGACACGCACGUUUCCUGUCGCUGUGUGACACCCACCCUCUGCCGCACGGCCGCGCGGUCCCCGCGCCGUGCCCUCCUCCCGCCACACUCACACACGCACGCAGGCGCGCGCAGAGCCGAGCAGAGGGCAGCUCGCCGACAGUUCGCACUUGGAGGCGACCCGCUCCAGUCUCGCAGCGCUGAUGGCAUCUCCAGGCUCCGGCUUUUGGUCCUUCGGGUCUGAAGAUGGCUCCGGGGAUCCCGAGAACCCCGGCACAGCGAGAGCCUGGUGUCAGGUGGCCCAGAAGUUCACGGGAGGCAUCGGAAACAAGCUGUGCGCCCUGCUCUACGGAGACGCCGAGAAGCCGGCGGAGAGUGGCGAGAGCGAGCCCCCGCGGGCCACCUCCCGGAAGGCUGCCUGCGCUUGUAAUCAGAAGCCUUGCAGCUGCCCCAAAGCGGAUGUCAACUAUGCGUUUCUACAUGCAACAGACCUGCUGCCAGCGUGUGAUGGAGAAAGGCCCACUUUGGCAUUUCUGCAAGAUGUUAUGGACAUUUUGCUUCAGUAUGUGGUGAAAAGUUUCGAUAGAUCAACCAAAGUGAUUGAUUUCCAUUACCCUAAUGAGCUCCUUCAAGAGUAUAACUGGGAAUUGGCAGACCAACCACAAAAUUUGGAGGAAAUUUUGAUGCAUUGCCAAACGACUCUAAAGUAUGCAAUUAAAACAGGGCAUCCCAGAUAUUUCAAUCAACUUUCCACUGGACUGGAUAUGGUUGGAUUAGCAGCAGACUGGCUGACAUCAACAGCAAACACCAACAUGUUCACCUAUGAAAUUGCUCCAGUAUUUGUGCUCUUGGAAUAUGUCACGCUAAAGAAAAUGAGAGAAAUCAUUGGCUGGCCAGGGGGCUCUGGCGAUGGGAUAUUUUCUCCUGGUAGUCAUUUUUCUCUCAAGAAGGGAGCUGCAGCUUUGGGGAUUGGAACAGACAGCGUGAUUCUGAUUAAAUGUGAUGAGAGGGGGAAAAUGAUCCCAUCUGAUCUUGAAAGAAGGAUCCUUGAAGCCAAACAAAAAGGAUUUGUUCCUUUCCUUGUGAGCGCCACAGCUGGGACCACCGUGUAUGGAGCAUUUGACCCCCUCUUGGCAGUUGCUGACAUUUGCAAAAAGUACAAGAUCUGGAUGCAUGUGGAUGCAGCUUGGGGUGGGGGAUUACUGAUGUCCCAGAAGCACAAAUGGAAACUGAGCGGCGUGGAGAGGGCCAACUCUGUGACAUGGAACCCACACAAGAUGAUGGGCGUCCCUUUGCAGUGCUCCGCUCUCCUGGUCAGAGAAGAGGGAUUGAUGCAGAGUUGUAACCAGAUGCAUGCCUCCUACCUCUUCCAGCAAGAUAAACACUACGACCUGUCCUACGACACUGGGGACAAGGCCUUACAGUGCGGACGCCACGUUGAUGUUUUCAAAUUAUGGCUAAUGUGGAGGGCAAAGGGCACCACUGGGUUUGAAGCACAUAUUGAUAAGUGCUUGGAGCUGGCAGAGUAUUUAUACAAUAUCAUAAAAAACCGAGAAGGAUACGAAAUGGUGUUUGACGGAAAGCCUCAGCACACAAAUGUCUGUUUCUGGUACGUGCCCCCGAGUCUGCGUGUCCUGGAGGACAAUGAAGAGAGAAUGAGCCGCCUCUCAAAGGUGGCUCCAGUGAUUAAAGCCAGAAUGAUGGAGUAUGGGACCACAAUGGUCAGCUACCAGCCCUUGGGAGACAAGGUCAAUUUCUUCCGCAUGGUCAUCUCAAAUCCCGCAGCAACUCACCAAGAUAUUGACUUCCUGAUUGAAGAAAUAGAACGCCUUGGACAAGAUUUAUAAUAACAUAGCUCACUAAGCUGUUUCAAUUCUCUAGGUAGACAAUUAAGUUGUCACAAACUGUGUGAAUGUAUUUGUAGUUUGUUCCAAAGUAAAUCUAUUUCUAUAUUGUGAUGUCAAAGUAGAGUACAGUUUAAAAAUCCAAAAAACAUUGCUCCUUUUAAAAAUCCUUUCCUAAGUUUAGAAUACCUCUCUAAAAAUUAGUGACAAAAGGCUGUGUUCUAAUCAAUAAUGAAAAGCUUAAAAUUGUUAUAAAUACUUCCCUUACUUUUAAUAUAGUAUGCAAAUCAAGCUUUAUUUUCACUUCAGAGUAGUACGAUUGAAUAGUGCCAAAUUGCCCCUGAAUCCAAAAAGGUUCUUUGGGGCACAGUCCAAAGGAGAAAGUACAUAUAAAAUGUAUGUUGACAAUAAAAAUUCUUGCCUUUUUCAUAGUAUUAGAAAAAAAAUUUCUAAUUUACCUAUAGCAACAUUUCAAAUGUAUUUAAAUACAUAUAAUUUUACAAAAGGAAAAUAUAUAUAUUAAAAAGAAAUCCUAUUUUGUAACAUAUAGAUUUUUAUUUUAUAUGGGUUAUACAAACUGCAGGGUCAGAUAUAAAAAUUAAGCCAGAUUUUUUUUUCUCUUUCUUUUAAUGGAGGCACAAUAAAACACUGAGCAAAGUUAUUUUGAAACAUAGGCCCACAAAAUUCUUAAAAGGUAUAAUGCCUUCUUUCUAUUCAUGUGACGGUUUAUCAUAUCUCUAAAGUUAGUAUUACAAAACAAACACAAAAGAAUAUUGCAAGUUCUUUAAAAUGACUGACCAGAUCGACAAUAAGAUUCUCUUCCCCGCUGAGUUUUCCGCCCAGUUGACCCUGAGCAGACCCCCUCAGUAAGCACGGUAAGCCAAGCUUCAUCUUAGACUAAAACUAGGGUAAUUGUACUCUGCUUUCCAGUUCAGCUUGUUUUGAACAGAAGGUGGAUGCUCAUUCUGGAAGCAUCUUCCCAAAGAGUAUUCUUUUAUUAGGUCAUUUGGAUUAAUUAGAGAAAAUAAAAAUAAAAUCUAAUCAGCCUGAGCAAAAAGGAAUGAAGCACACUCCAGAAGGUGGUGAUCCCAGAAAAUUAAACUUGGCCUUGAGAGAAGAGAUCUUUGCGUGAACAAUGAUGUCCUCCUGGGCACCAUAUUGUCACUGUCCAGGAAGGAGUCAUUUACCUCCUGGGUAAUUGCUUAUUCCCAUUCUUUCCCCUCUCCUACACACAAAAGUUCCCAUCACUGGAAUCCCAAAUAAUUAAUUUCUAUCCCAUGGGUGGUUAUUUUCCUCUCAUGAAGUGAGCUCUUCACCUGAGAUUUUGAGACAGCAUCUUAAGACUUAUCUGCCUCUUGUCAAGACUGAAAGUGACCAGGGGCACCUGGGUGGCUCAGUCGUUAAGAUUGAAAGUGACCAGAGUAUGCAGAGAUAGGAAGAUCCUUAGAAUUCAGGAUAAUAUUUUAAAGAAUUCUUCUUCCCCUACAAACCUGAUGGAGAAGUCUGAACUAACAAGAGCUCCCAUAGAUAUUUGUGGGGCCACAGUUUGUUGGAUUCCAAGUACUAGUAUGAUGACUACAGACUGAUCUAGGCAGAUUGCAGAUACAAACUUAGAACAUUCAUCCUUUCUAUAUGUAUCUUAGAAAGACUACAGGUAUACAAAAGAAGAAAGAAAGAAAUGCCCUAUAAUAUAACCGUAAGAUCCCACCAUCUGAAAUCUGCAUGAGCUUGCCCCUACAUUCUUUCUCCCACAUUAUAUCCAAAAACAUUGAUACUUGAAAUGAACAUAGGUUUGGGUCCUUCCUGUCUAGGAAGCAAAUGGGUUCCCUAUGAUGAUUAGGAGAAAACUUUUAUCUGUACCCCAGAAUUUCAUGAAGGAAUAAACCUCCCAUUCUAGGCUAUGUCUAAUGGCCAAGCAUCCCUUUCCCUUCUAGAAAUGGGCCAUUGAGACUAAGCACAUAGCUGCCCAUCUAUCUUGAGACUCAGGCCAAAAGGUCCUACCUCAGAGGCAGAGACACUAACUGUCAAACCCACUGUCCUGCUUGGAGAAGACAGUGGAACCCAGGGCCCUGACCUGGACAGACCCCUCUCAACUGCAGGAUGCUUAUACCUUGCAGUACGAUCCUCUAUCAGAAGCUGCUGCUUUUUAACUUGAUGGUAUGAUGGAAUUAAAAGGAGAAGCAUUUGUGUCUGUGUAUGAAAUUCCAGCAAAAUAAUUUUUACAAAUAGGUUGUUGCCCCCACUCCCUGCCCCUUCCAGAUCCUUCCCCAAGUUGUCUGGGAGUCUUGCUCAAUCAGUGAAAUCCCUGCCAACCAAAACCCAGGAAAGGGGGUAAAUAAAAGCUUAAUAGGUCCCAGUAUUCUAAUAAAAUAUUCUUUAAAGUAGGUCUGUAAUCUACUUGGGAGAGAGGGAGGGAGGGAGGAAGGUGGUUUUGAACAUUAGCUCAAAUUCCCAGUGCCAAAGGCCUUUAUGUGGGACCAUCCUUUCCAAAUUUAAGAAAAGUCUGGGGUUAACUUAAUCAGAAUUGACAUGGCCAUUUUCAUUAAUUCAGCAAUAUUGUGUUUAUUAUUUUUAAAUACUUGAAAAAAAGGUGUGGUAUGUCUUUAUCUGAGACACAUAAAUGGCAUUGACUUCGUGUACUAUCACAAGGCUGUGAAGAAAGCAAAGGAAAUCAAUUGUGUGUAUAAAUUGUGUUGCUUUCAUUAUAUUGAUAGUACUCUCUCGUCACCUCAGAUUGGGGUUGUGCACUUUAGCUCUGAACUGUACAGUGUUGCAAAUCAACAUAUGUUGCUGUAAAAGCUUGUACAACAUAUUAUUGACAUGUCUUUUUCUGUGUGGUAGCUGUAUCAAUAUUACAAGAACAACAUCGGCAUCUGUUCCUGUGUGCUUUCUCUCUCCCUCUCUCUGCUAAACUGUACGCCCUCCACAUCUGCUCUAAUAGAGAACAUGCUCUCAGCUAAGCUCUCUACCGAGAAAUCUCCUUUGAGAACUGUGUGAUUGCACAAAAAUGCAAGGUGAAUGCCGCUCAUGUCUGAGAAUAGAGGAGACCCAUAUGGAGUGUCACAAACUGCCCAAAUUGCAGGUUUUGUCCCCACUGGGGUUUGGAGUAGGAGCUAUUCCUCAGAACGUGGACAAAGAAAGCACAGGUGUAAAUAUAGCAGCAGGACAGGGAAUCAAGGACCCUCAUGGUGGGUAUCAUCUUGCACGUGCUCUCCUGUUUUCAGAUGCUACGUACAAACACUGUGUAUUUAUUAGUUUCGUGCUCCAAAAUACUGUUCCCAACUGGUGUUUCUGAAAGACAUCAACAUCUCUCCAACAUUACGCCAUUUACUAAAGACAGAAAAAAAUAAAAAAUAUAAACACGUGGCAACAUGUUCUUCUUACCAAAUAUAAACUUGUGUAUGAUCAAAGUAUUUUAUCUGUGUUGUCUCUCUAAACCCAAAUAAAUGUGUAAAUGUG